AUGGCUGUCUGCCUGGAACCCGUUCGCGACUCGGAGAGGGCACGCGCCGAGGUGAUCCCUCCAUUCUCCCACUGGUGCUCUAUACCAGGACGCCGACCGCGGCUGCCGCACGGGCCAACGCAUCGUGGCGGCGAGACACACGGAUUAUCCCUCAGGCGCAGCCCCCCGCCGCUCGAAGAUUGCAAUCAGCUCACCCUCACCGUCCUGCGUGCUCUCACGGCGCAUACGCGCUCCGAAACACCCCACUCGCGAUUGCACAACAACCCAGGAUGUAGGACUCGCGUUCGCGCGCGCUUCGUCGCCUUCGUAGAUGCGUCCCCUUCCCGCGAGCUCGAGAGAAGCGAAGCGAAGCGCCGCGGCGUUAUCCCACCAACCCGGCCGAACGCGCGCGAAGCGGCGAAGGACUUCGCGCCCUCCCUCCCCGCUUGUUCGUUCAUCCUCCCCGCUCCCGCGCGUGCCCAAGCUAGCGCGCCGUAUCGUGCAGCCCCCCCCCUCCCGCUGGUUCCCCGCGAUACGAUGCUCGAGUCAGAGCGGAAUACACGUCGCCGGUGCGCACUGCGCUUCUGUCUCUACCCGGGGCCGUCCAUGAUCCUACGUCCUCUCCGUCGCGCUCGGUAUAUCCUUGGGCUUGCGCUUCCCUCGAAGGCGCCUCCAGGGCGCGCGGAAAUACCGGUGUUCGAGUUGCGCGCGCGCGCGGAAAACGCAAGCUGCGUCCGAGUCUCCGUCCGAAGGCGAAGGUCGUUCGGUUGGCCCGACGAAGGCCGGCGUGCUCAGGGUGGGUGCUCCCUGGACCCACUGUGCCCUUGGGAUCAUUACGAUAAUAAUGAAUUCAUUGAGAGGAAGGAAGGAAGGGAAGGAAGGGAAGGACGAUGA